AUGCCAGAAACGUUAUACCGAAAGGGUGACGACGGCAGUGCCGUCUGCAGGAAAGGACACUUCCUCUACGAAAAUUCAGCCCCACCCCUCCGUCCUUACCCAUCCCCAUUCCAGAGAAUGACAGCAAUACAGAAGAAAGAUACCGUAUCCGACGGAAAGGCAUUAAUUUUAAAAUUUUGUGCUCGGCUAGAAGCUGAAAACACUAUUGCAAAGCAGGGAGCAUGCAAGUUCGACAUUAACGCUCCUACAUGCUCAAUGAAUGUAGCCGAUGAAAAUGCGCUCCGUAAGAAUCGUAAAUGGGGUAGAGAUGCUCAUAAAUUCUGA